AUGCCACCCAAAGUAGGAACUAAAGGAGCCAAGAAGGCCGUCACCAAGGCAAAGACUGCCAGACCCGGCGGUGAUAAGAAAAGGAGGAGGAAGAGACGUGAAUCCUAUGCUAUCUACAUCUACAAAGUCUUGAGACAAGUUCACCCCGACACCGGAGUGUCCUCAAAGGCAAUGUCCAUCAUGAACAGCUUCGUCAACGAUAUCUUCGAGAGAAUCGCAGCAGAGGCUUCCCGAUUGGCACACUACAACAAAAGAUCUACCAUCACAUCCCGGGAGAUCAGACCGCUGUCCGUCUUCUCUUACCCGGAGAAUUGGCCAAGCACGCUGUCAGUGAAGGUACCAAAGCCGUCACUAAAUACACCAGCAGCAAGUAAACAGUCUGAAGUUUAUAACUUCACAAACGGCCCUUUUCAGGGCCACCAACAUUUUUCAAAAAGAAUUUACAUUUGUUGUACAUCAAUGUCAAACUUCUAA